AUGGACGUGUUCGAGAAGGCGCUGGACAGUGCGCGCAUAAAUUGGCUCUCGUACGCGCCGGACGACUCCGACGUGUGGGAAAACCCUAUCGCGAAGCGGCUGAAAACCGCCGCGGGCCGCGCGCGGGAAGGAGACGUGCCGCGCGGCGCGCCGGGCGCACGGCGCACCUUCGCGACGAAGAAGUCCAUGGUAGCGCGGGCCGACGGGCAGACGUGCUUGCAGACGCGGGAGUACUGUCGGAAUGAUGAUGGGCUUUUGACGACGUCCUCCAAGUCCGUCGUCGUCAACCUCACGAAUAUGGGGGACCUCGAGCUCGGCGACGCGCAGUACGAGUACGUCUCGGACUACGCGACCGCGGCGGGCUCGGCGACGACCGAGGAGGUCGUCGAGAUGAAGCGCGUGCAGCUGAUCGCGCGGCGCCUGCUCGCGCAGGACGUCGCGCGGGGCCGCGGCGCGGCCGCGGCGGUGAAGAUCGACGGCGACUUCAACGGACUGCUCGAGCAGCUCUGCGUCGACGUGGGCUUUGGGCAGGCGGAGCGCGACAAGAUCGGCUACCACGACCCUGGGUUGCCGGACGACUACCCCCGCUGUGCCCUCCUCGGCCACGAGGACUGUCCGGAGCACCUGGCGGUGAUGGAGGCCUACCGCGCGUCGAAAAAGCGGAGCAACCGCGGCGUCGACGGGCUCAAGAAGAUCUUCCGCGACAAGCUCGGACCCGAGGGCAUCAAGCGCGUGCUCUCCGCGCGGUUCCCGCGGCUGCGCGAUGUGCCGCACGUGCUCGACGCCCUCGUCGAGAAGGUCCACUUCGACCACGUCUUCUCCGCGGCGUGUGGCGACCACCCCAUGAACAUGUUCCUCGACUUCGGCCCCCUCAACUGCCACUUCGCCGACUUCCGCAACAUGGCGGGCAAGUCGGACUACUACACGCGCGCGGUGAUGGUUCCCUGCGGGGAGUGGCUGAAGAUCUGCCUUACGGCGAUGGUGCGCGCGGUCAAGGUCGCGUAG